GGUACAGGUUCAGGCGUCGACACGUAUUUUGGACUGUGUACUUAUCCUGGUCAGGAGCUGAGGCGCCGUAUUGAUUUCAAGGUUUAUCCGAGGGACAUCUAUGCAUUCGGACACAUAGCCUGGACAGGGAACGACGUGUUGAAUAGAAGGGUGGUAAGAGCAAGUGCAAGCAUGAAACUCUCCACGGAGAAACAAGUUUUCGAUUUCCUAGGGUUUCCUUGGCUCGAGCCACACGAGAGGAAUCUUUAA